CCCACGUGCUGCUUCAUGUGGAUUACGCAAUCCAGGUCUGGCACGAGAAAGAUCUCGCAACGCUCGCUACUCCACAGCGCAGAGUCACCAAGCACUUCAAAGCGUUGUUUCUCCUUCCAUACCAACUUAGGCUAAGAUGGUACAGCGAUCAUUAUCGGCGCCUACAUGGGAAUCUAAUAAAGUCCUACCACAUUUCAAGAAACCCCAAUCACGUCUGCUGCCACCUACUGUAACUCAGUCACAACACGAAUUUGAUGGACCAGCGGCUCAACUUGGUCCCGCAACAGUCAGCGAAACUUACUCUCUUCAUGUCUACCAUUCACAGAACGCCCCCCCCCCAUUACGUAGUCUCCGCUCCCACUUUACCAGUGUUUAAAAACGCCUUGACUUUGCCCUACAUUAUGCAAUCUAGUCUGUGUACAUCGACCAACGAUCUAACGUGACAAACGUUGUACAACUUGCAUUCACCUACAUACUCAUGGUUGACUCUUUUGUGCUUGCUUGUGUGAACAUUGU